AUGCAUUUCUGUCCUUUCUGUAACAAUUUUCUAUUGCCAGAACAUCAACAAAGUGUACAUUUAAUUUGCACGACUUGUCCUUACUUCUACAAAUUGAAUGUAACACUCUCAUUCACUCAAUCUAACACAGUAAAAAUCAUUGAAAAAGUACUGAGAAAAGAACAAGAUUUGAAAUAUGCAAAUAAGUGUCAGAUUAAAUGUCAAAAGUGCUCCAAUGGAGAAGCAUUGUUUGUAGAAAUACAAACAAGAUCAGCUGAUGAGCCUAUGACAAUAUUUUAUCAAUGCACAAAGUGCCAUCAUAACUGGAAAGAGUGA